UCAUGCAUCCAUAUCGGAUUCCUCAUCAGAUUCCACAUCCAUCCUUGUGCCCCUCGGUAAGAGGAAGUCUUGCGUGGCGUGUGACGGGUUGCUGAACAGCUUCUCUGUCACUGGUGUGUGCUUGCCUGCAGGCAGGUUCUUGGUGAGCACAUCAGCCACGUUCUCAGCGGAUGGGAUCCAACCAACCUCCACCUCGCCCGCCUCGACCUUCUCACGCACCAGGUGAUACCUGACACGGAUGGCCUUGGUCCUAUCAGACAUCUCUGCGUUGUAGGAGACUGAUUGUGCUCCUCUGUUGUCCACCAGGAUUGUCGUUCUCUCCGACUUGGUGCCGAAUGCCUGUAGGAGCUGCUGAAUGUGAACAAUCUCACGCGCACACUCGCUGGCUUCGAUGUACUCAGCUUCAGUGGUGCUUGCCGCGACGAUUGGCUGGUUCUUGCACCGCCAGGCGACGGGAUUGCCGCACAGGUAGAUCACGUAGCCUCCCGUGCUCCUGCCAUUCUCCAGGUCAGCAUGACUGGAAUCAGCAUAGGCGAGGAUCUUCACGCUCUUGUCUGCUGGUCUCCUGAAGGUCAACGCUCUUGUCGCUGUCUCCCUCAGGUACCGGAUGAUGUGCUUGACAGCCUCCCAAUGGCGCUUGCCAGCACAGUUGCAGUACAUGGCGCAUUCCUUGACUGCGUAGGCGAUGUCGGGUCUGAGCGUCACUGCAGAAUACAGUAAGCUGCCGACAGCCUCGCGAUAUGGCACUUUGCUCAUGUGGUCGUGCUGCUCCUUUGUUGUAGGUUCCAUCGUCUUGGAGAGCUUGACACCAGAGGGAAAGGGCGUCUUCGCACCUUGGCAAGGUAUCUCUCCAUUUCGAUCACUCAUGUUGAACCUCUGGAUGAGCUUCUGCACGUACUUCUCUUGUGAGAGUGCCAAGAUGCCUUCUUCCUUGUCGUAGGUGACCUUCAUGCCCAGGAAUCUCUCGGGAUGUCCGAGGUCCUUGAUGCCGAACUUGCCGUGCAGCUGCUGCUUGAACCACUCGGCGUCAGCCUCUCGACCCACUGCAGGUGAGUAGAGCAUGUCGUCCAUGACAACCACCACCCAUAAACCCCUCUCGUCAUGUGUGAAGAUGCACGGCUCGACGCUGCUCUGUGUGAAACCGAUACUUCUCAGGUAGUCCACCAGAGUGACGUGCCAGGCCCUCGGUGCUUCCUUGAGACCGUAGAGAGCUUUCAAGAGCAUCCACACCAU